CAGCUGUCAGACUACAGAGGGUAAAGAUGGCGUCUUUAGAGUGUCCACAGCUCCGCAGCAUCUCCGCGGCUUCGGCCGUUUUUCUCGGUUUAUUCAGCUUCUUGAGCGUCUUGACCUCCGGGAGCUGCGACGAGCAGGUUCCUCUGAUCCUGUGGACCAGCGAGGGAGCCGCUGCUCCUCGACAGUUUCCCCCCACAGCGGGUCACAUCGUGGGGCAGCAGCAGCUGGCGUCUUACCUGGAGAAAGCUCUGGAUGUCGGUCCCAGAAACGUGGUGCUGUUCCUGCAGGACAAGAUGAGCAUCGAGGACUUCACCAUGUAUGGAGGAGCUUUUGGGAACAAGCAGGACAGCGUCUUUCCAAACCUGGAGGGAGCUCUCACCUCCUCGUCCUCCCCCCUGGUGUUACCUGCCGUGUCCUGGCCCGCCUCCAACGCUGUGAUUGGUCAGCUCCAGGACCAGCUGGAGACGUCCCCCCUGUACAUGGACCCCGAGACGCUGAGCCAGCUCAGGCUCAACGCCUCGUCUCCGGCCCUGCUGGUGUUCAGGCUGCCCUACGGCAUCGGGGCUGAUCUGAUGUCUGCUAAAGAGGUUCUCAGUGGAAACGACGAGGUGAUCGGUCAGGUGUUGAGCAUCAUGAAGACUCAGGCGGUUCCUUAUACGGCCAUCUACACGGCCCUGCGGCCCUCCAGGGAGGCGGCGUCUCUCUCCAUGGAGGCCGGUCUGGGAGGAGGUCGAUCUCUGCUUCAGGCCAGAGGAGGAUACAGGGAGAGAGAGAGGGAGCGAGAGAGGCAGCGAAAGAUGAUGGAGAAGACCAAAGUCUACGCUCCGGUAGAGUUCAAGAAGGAUGACAGCUCCUGCAUCCUGCUGUGGGCCAGAAGUUUAUCCGUCAGCAUCCUGAGGAACCGCGAGUGGGAAGAACACGAUCUGACCUCGUCCACCUUCGGAGACUCGGCCACCGUCAAGCUGGACGGAUCGGAGUGUGACAAAACCAGAGCCAGGCUGGUUCUGAACUAUGAGAAAGUCCUCGGACACAAAAGCUUCAAAGUGGUGUUUGCUAUGAGCCAGCGUUACUACAAGGUGUCGGCCCGUCGCUGGUUCACGCUGGACACCGUGCAGCUGGAGUACGACGGCGUCAAGGCCAUGUUUAAUGGCAGCAGGAACAUCUACGCUCCCGCUGAGUAUUCCUACCGCUGCGAGUCCGUCACCAGCUUCCGUUGGCCGCUGCUCACCCCCGAGUCGUCCAAAGAUCCGGCCAUCCAGUGGAGGGUUUCCUUCAAAGACUUCCAGAUCCAGGGCUUCAACGUGAGCGGCGGCGACUUCUCGUAUGCCAGCGACUGCGCCGGCUUCUUCUCUCCGGGUAUCUGGAUGGGCCUGAUGACCAGCCUCCUCAUGGUCCUGGUCCUGACCUACGGCCUCCACAUGAUCAUGCAGCUCCGCACCAUGGACCGCUUCGACGACCCCAAAGGCCCGGCCAUCUCCGUCCCCCAGACAGAGUAACGCUUCCCACGACACUUCCACUCCCUCCACCCGUCACGUCCCACUUCCUGUCCAUCUGUGGUUGGGCAUCGCACUAAUUAGAUAAGGGAUAGAUGUCUGUUUAUACUUUCCAAUCCUGGAACUGAACCUCUUCUCUGUUAGCGUUCAGCUGUUCUGAAGGUGUUUCCAAAGACUCUAAAGUAUCGGACAGGUUUCACUCAGUCGAGGCUUUUAGUACUGAUUUUUAGUUUGGACAUCAAAACUGUAAAAUAGUGUAGCGUAAAAGUUUAAAAAAAAAAACAGUGUUUAAAUGUAUCAUAGGUCAGCUGUAGUUCCUGGUUGUUCCACCAGAUGGAGCCUCUUCCUGUUUAAUCCUGUAGAGACCAGAGGAGGAGUCACUCAGACUACAGUUCAUGUUGGAAAGCAGAGAGCAUUGUGGUAGUUUAGUUAACAACGGGCACCAUGACAAAGGCUUCUGGGAUGCUUAAUAACCUCCAACCAGAGUUCAUGAGUUUGCGACAAACUGAGAGAGAAUAGAGUCGCCUUUGAAGCCCAAAUCUUGUGUCUAUUGACUAAAAAAGGCACAAAACCAAUGUGAACUGUGUUAAGUUUAUACCUGAGCGACAUCUGACAUAAAAAUAUGGUGGACAAAAGGUCAUUUAAUCAUCACUAUCACUGUUUUGGGACAUGUAAAAUCCUUCACUAAACAUUACAAAGUCAAACCAAGGCCAGAAUCAGUAUUUUAAAUAUGGAAAAUGCAGUGGUUUAGCUAGCAACGAGCAUUAUGACAAAGACGUAUGCGGCGAUUAAUGACCUCCGACCAGAACUCAUGUGUUUGAAGUCAUGUUCUCUUUGCUCAGUUUGCGUUAUUGAUCAUCGGUUGAUAAGGCUGCAGAUGAUUUAAUGGGAAAGUUAUUCAAAAUUUACAUCCCAGGCCACAAAUUGUGACAACAGACAAACAAAAAUUUUUCGAGUAAAUGACUCAAAACUUAUUCAAAAUCAAUGAAAAUGUGUUCGAAAUUUUCAUAAUUUGUCCAAAACUAAUCAAAACAUCUUAGUUUGUCCAGAAAAGACUGAUCCAAAAACUAGCAAAGUUUGUCCAAAAUGACUCAGAAGUUGUCCAACUUGACCCAAAAAGUCUAAAAUGUCUGAACCACGAGCAAAACUCACCAAAUGAUCUGCUGUAAGAGUGAACACGAGAGUCUUCAUGCACUGCCAGCAUCAGGAACUGAACACCCAGUGGAUCACUGGAAUUAUUGAUGUUGAUGGAACUCAGAUGUCUCUAAAAUGAAAAUUAUUCAAAAUUUGCAUCCCUGGCCAAAAAUGUGAUGACAAACAAACGAAAAUGAAUCAGAUUGAGGUACUGGCAGAUUAAUAAAUACUUCAAUCUGAAAUUUCUCACAAAUAAAAUCACCUGAAAUGACUUUAUUUUGCAGUACGAUUUGGAAAUCCCUUCAGAAGAUCGUCAGAUAUUCUAAAUGAGUUGUUAAAAUAACGCUAACCGAUAAAAAGCUAACUGCAGUCAGUUUUCAGGCUUAUGUAACAUAAAAGGGAGGCGUACAGCAACACAAACAGGGACGAAUAUAUCUUGUGAAAAGUGAAAUGAAUUAUGAGAUGCUAUUUAUUGGUGAAACUGCUGUAAUUUAAUACGUUUACAUUUUGUCUGUGUCUCUGAGUAGAUAGUUGAGAUGUAGCUGUUGAAUGAAGGGAACACAACUGGUUUAUGGACCACAGGUAAAUCCAUCACAUUCGAUCUAGUCCAGUUAACCUUCGUUAUCCAAACAUGACUGCAAGUUUGUUUUGUUUUUUUGAAAACAUGAAUAUCGUAUUUAUUCCUCAAGUGGAGCUCUUAUGACUGACGUGCACUGAAGAACGCUCAAUGUGAACUUUACUUUUCUGUUUGUUAAUUUAUUUUGUUGUCAUGACUUGUAGUGGAUACCAUUGAUGUGUGGUCCUGUGUCGUGCUGCUGCUGUGACCCAAUAAAACAUCUGAAGAUCCAGA